UUAUGUUCAAUCGCUAGGUGCUACUUGAAAAUGAUGAAUCAGUAAUGAUCUGUGGGCUGUAAGUUUGACGUUUUAGGCGGAAGCAAAUAACAAUUAAAAGUAUCGUUCCCUCUCUUAUUGUUUCUUAAUUCGGCAAAAUGAAUAGGCUUUUCGGACGGGCUAAGCCUAAAGAACCGCCUGCGAGUAUUACCGAUUGUAUCGCUGGGGUUGACAGUAGAGCAGAUUCUGCUGAAAAAAAGAUAGCAAAAUUAGACGCGGAAUUAAAGAAAUACAAAGAUCAAAUGGUUAAAAUGAGAGAAGGUCCAGCAAAAAAUGCUAUAAAGGCUAAAGCUUUACGAGUUCUAAAACAACGAAAAAUGUAUGAAGCUCAGGUAGAUAAUUUGCGUCAACAAGCAUUUAACAUGGAACAAGCAAAUUAUGCUACUCAAACGUUAAAAGACACUCAGACAACUGUAAUCACUAUGAAAGAAGGAGUUAAACAGAUGCAGAAGGAAUUCAAAAAUAUCAAUAUAGAUCAAAUCGAGGAUCUUCAAGAUGAUUUGGCAGACAUGUUGGAGCAAGCAGACGAAGUACAAGAAGCGAUGGGUCGUAGUUAUGGUAUGCCUGACAUAGACGAGGAUGAAUUAGCUGCCGAAUUAGAAGCCCUUGGAGAUGAUUUAGCUAUAGACGAGGAUGUCAGCUAUUUAGAUGAUGCUAUAAAAGCACCUAGCGCCCCUAACAAGGAACCUGGCACAGAUUCUGUGAGGAAUAAGGAUGGUGUCUUAGUCGACGAAUUUGGCUUACCGCAAAUACCUGCCAGUUAAAACAAUAUUAAACAAAGUAUUAUACAAAUAAAAAUGAACAAUAUUUACCGAUAUGCCCAAAGAUGUUAGGUCCUUCAAGGACUUUGGAAUGCUUUUUUACAAAACACACAUAUAGGCAGCCUCUCAAUUAUUCUAACUGUUCCGAUUAUCUAACAUAACUGUGUUAUUACAAGUUACUUUUAUUAAGUUUUACGUUGUAAAUAUAUAUAAAUCAAAUUAACAAAAUAAAUUUUUCUUAUUACGAGUUUA